UAUUCCCAGUUGUCAAAGCGCCCGGUGUGCUGAAGUGUACUGAAAAUAGUGUGUCUAUAAUUAUUUAGUGUUAUUGUUGUGUGCCGAGAGUGAUGCCAAAAAGUAGCAUCGACAGACAGGUGUGAGCGGCGAGCGGCGGUGCGUGCGGAGUUUAUGUAACGUAGCGGAGCCCGCGGACCGCGAGUGUAGCCGCCAGCCGCGCGGCAGUGCGUCGCGAGCGCGCGCGACAUGGACCGCGCCGGCUCCCCGCCGGGCACGCCCCCCGCGCCCCCCGCGCCCGCCGCCGAGCCCCACCACCACGGCGGCUUCGGCGCCUUCUGCAGCGCCCUCUCCGACACCAUCUCGGGCAUGGCGACUACGUCAAGAAGUAGAAGAAAGACAGAGGAUGAGAAGAAGAACAAGAAGCGGCAGUCGCCGGUGGACGACCGGCCGGCCGUGCCCUCGCCCAGCGAAGCCAUGCUCAACAACCUGCGCACAGCGUUCGGUCUGCUGGACCGCGACAGCGACGGGCACGUGACGCCGGCCGAGCUGCAGUUCAUGCUGCGCAACCUCGGCAUCGAGGUGCACGACGACCUCAUCGCCGAGCUCGUCAAGGACGCCAGCAAGACUGGCAACGGUCUAAUAGACGAGAACGACUUCAUGCAGUGGGUGACGAAGAUCCAGGCGCUGCAGGGGCUGGACGUGGGCGCCAGCGGCGGCGACUCCGAGGAGGAGAUCACGCAGGACCUGCUCGCCGCCUUUAAGGUGUUUGACCGCGACGACAACGGCUACAUCACUCGCGACGAGCUCCGCACGGCGCUGGAGAUCAUCGGCGAGCCCGUGACGGAGGCGCAGCUCAACCAGGUGCUGGCGCUCGGGGACAUCGACCACGACGGACGCAUCGACUACGAAGAGUUCGUGAAGAUGUUGCUGUAAUGUGUCCUUUGCUGAAGAAGACCUCACUAGAUUUAAUAUUAGUGUUACUAUAAUGAAGAUUGCUGUGGAGUUACAGAGAGAUUAUAUUUAUAUCCUGUAUUUAUGAUUAUGAUAUACUUACUUAGAUCCAGCUAAAAUAACCUUAAUGAAAAUAAGGUUAAUGGUAGUUUAUGAGAGUGUGAGAUCGACACUAAAAUAGGUAUAUUCGAGUAUUAUUGUAUAGUUAAACAGACAUAGUUUAAAAUAAAAGAAAACGUAUUUUCAGGGGUGGUUUUAUUAAAUUGAAGUAUUGAAAUGUGGUGCCUAUUUUAUACUAAAGACUUUAGUUUACCCAGUAGGUACCUAUAUAUCUACUACUUUUAAUAUAAUUAGUAGAAAUACAUUUUUAAGUAUAUUUUUUUAAACUUACCCAUAACUACUAGGUAAGUAUAAGACGAUUACUACUUACGAACGUAGGUGCAUAAGUACAAGAUCAAAAAUCUAGAAACCACUUAGGUAGGUAUAGUUUUCGUUGAAUGGUUUAUCCACAUUUCGUCUGAUUUAUAAAGCCACAACCUGACAGCAAAUACUAUAAUAUCGGUGAAAUAAUAACAAAUAUUAAGUUUUUAUGAAUAGAUACAACAUUAAUUAUUUUUACAGUUUGCAAGUAACACAAAUACCUACCUACUGUUUGUAAUUUAUCAAAUUUAUGGUUGUGAAUGUUAAUUAUCAGAAAGAGAAGAUAUACUUACCUAAUCAUCAAGCAUCAUUGUUCACAAAAAUAUAGUUUUUAUUUUGUCGUAAAAUUAUACGAUUGUUAAAGGUCUAUUUGUAUAAAUGUAACGACCAACGAAACUAAGGGAUUUUGUUAAAAUGUUAUAGCUUUAUGUUAUCAAACUAAAUUAUACUGUUUGAUAAAAUGGUUAACUAUUUUAAAAUCACAAUGAAUUUGUUAUGGACAGCUUGGGCCUGCAUUGAGGCGAGUGAUGGUGUGCAAGUGAUCAAUAAAAAAUAAUUUUGUUAAUUGA